AUGGCAACAACUCUACUGUCUAUGUGUAAGUACGGGUACGUGCUGUGGUCGGGGAACAAGGUGACUGUGAAGACGACGGACUACUUCGCCGACAUACCGGACUCGCACGUCGCGCGUGCCACUUACAGCAACGAAAUCAAUUCUACCGGCUGGGCUUUCCUGGAGCUCCAUACUAGGGCAGAAUGCAAGGAUGAGAAGCAGGCGUAUGCGGCCGGCUACCUUGAGGGCUUCCUCACCAGGGACCUCAUAUGGUACCACUGGCAGAAUAUGCUCAAAGGAUACUGCUACAACAAGACGGAUGUGUGCGGCCUCAUCGAGGAGUUCGUGGAUAAGAAUGAAGAAUACAUGUCAGGGAUGGUGGAGAAGAAUUGCAACGAUUCCUAUUGGUACCAUAUGAAGUUAUACUACAUCCAGUUGGAAGGUUUAGCAGUGGGAUACAACGCAGCCACUAAGGAUCCUUACCAGUGGCUCACUACUAGAGAUAUUAUCUGGAUCAACAUGCUAGGGGAUCUAGACGAGCUAGCCUUUGCGCUGUCGAUGCCGAAGUCAAGCCCUGAUGGGAAACUCUUCGACGACGAGCGAUGCACCGGUCUCGUCAAGCUUCUGCCAGAUCUCACCAAUUUGUACUUCUCGCAUGUCACUUGGAACAGUUACCAAUCAAUGCUACGGUUCCACAAGAUGUACGUGAUGCGCUUGCACAUGUCCCCGGGCAGCAAGCAACUCAUACCCGGAUUCAAGAUGGCGCUCACCUCUUACCCGGCUUUCGUUCAGUCCACAGAUGACUUCUACAUCAUAUCGUCGGGGCUGGCCACCGGGGAGACCACAAUCGGCAACAGCAACCGAUCACUCUUCGAGCUCGUCAAGCCUGUGGGGACAAUUUUGGAGUACGCUCGUGCGAUGAUAGCCAACCGAUUGGCGAAAACUGGCAAACAGUGGAUGGAGAUAUUUAGGAGACACAACAGUGGCACAUAUAACAACCAGUGGUUCAUAGUGGACUACAAGAGGUUCAAGCCGCGCACGAACCACCAGGAGGGCUUCGUGAAGCCGGGGCUGCUGUGGGUUGUGGAACAACUGCCCGGCAUCAUCGAAGCAGCUGAUCUGACGGCUCAGCUGAAGCGCACAUCAUACUUCCCGUCAUACAACAUCCCCUACUUCCCGCGGAUCUUCAACCUGAGUGGCGGGCAUGUGCGUAUUGCCACCUACGGGGACUGGUUCGGCUACCACACCAAUCCUAGGGCCAAGAUGCUGAAGGCUAAACAGGUUGGUAUCUGCAACUUGCGCGACAUGUACAACACGAUGCGGUACAAUGACUUCAAGCACGACCCGCUGGCGCGCUGCGAGCAGUGCGACCCUCCCUACAGCGCCUGCAACGCCAUCUCCGCCAGGAAUGACCUCAACCUUGCUAAUGGAACGUAUCCAUUCCGCGCGCUGGGCCACCGCAGCCACGGCGCAACGGACGUGAAGAUCACGAGCGCGUACCUGCGGAACAGCUACCGGUUCCUCGCCAUCAGCAGCCCCACGCACAACAUCUCCCGGGGCAUACCACCCUUUGUGUGGAGUAAAUUCGACUUAGGCGCUCACGUGUCCCACGUGGGGCAGCCCGACGAGUGGCUGUUCCCGCCCAUCCUACACGACUGGGAGUGGGAGUAACACUCCCAAACUUAGGUCUACGCGAUAAGGAUCACUUUACUUUGCACGUAUACCUAGACAUAAGACCAUUGUAGUCUUAGUUAUACCUAUGAGAAGUUUGUGAAACAAUUUCUGAUGGUUAGUGUUGCCACCCCA